AUGUUUGGGGUGAGACCAUUGGACUUUACCUUCAUGAUACUGUGGAGACGUGGCAUGCUCUUUUUCUCACGCUCCUUUUCUCUCUCUUUAUCCCUCUCUCUCUCCCCCCUUGCCCUCUCUUGUCAAAUCCACCUGGGUACCAAACCUUUCAGCACUCUCUGAAAUGAGAGGGGGAAAAACCACUGGUGUGUCCAUGCUGGCUUCCUACAAAUCAAAUUAAACUCCUUAACCUUUCCCUCUGUCUGCCUGCUGUCUGGAGCUAGCAGAGUGUAUGGCUAAUAUAUCUGGAAGAGUAUCAUUCUGACUGUCGACGCGAGUCAGCCAAUCACAAUGAAUCUUCACCCACACAGGCAGAGCUAAAGCUCAUGUAAGAGGCUUAAAGCCACGAUAAAAGGAACUGAUUUGAAUGCAUUAACCUCAAUUAGCAGUUUCCAAUUAAUUGGGGUUUGUUAAAAUAAUGAUGUAUAAUUGCCGGAUGCAUAUGCAUAUUUCAUGAGGAGGGAGCAUUGUGUUGCUUGUUGAGUGACAACUUCAUUGACUGAUUUGAUUUAUCGAUUGGGCUGAUGGAAAAUUCCAAAAUCCAGAAACUGUAAAUGUGUGCUUAUUGUUUGACACAGAAAUUCAGAAAUUAAAUCAGUGAGUUCAUUAAGAUUCAAUGGCUUUGGUGAGGUCAUUUGGAUUCAAUGGUUUUGGUGAGAUCAUUUGGAUUCAAUGGUUUUGGCGAGUUAAUUUACAUUCAGUGGGAGGAAAGUGCUGGAAAACACUGAAGUGUACACCAAAUACAUAUUGUAUAACGAGAUACAGCUCUCAACUAAGACAUGAUGCAGUUACACACUUAAACACUGCACACAUACAGUACAUUCUACACACAUGAAAUGGCCUCUGCUCCUCAGUUGCUACACAUUUGUAUUAUAGCACUGGUUUGUUGCUUUGACUCAUUGCCCCUGUGAACCCCAGGUGGAUGCAGAUACAGCACUGCUAUAUGGGGAGCCAUGUGUAACGUGCUGUAUUUUGUGAACAAGAUUCAUUCCGUUCUACAGCUGUGGGUGGAGAUGUAUACCCUGGUGUAUUUCACAUCCUCACGUGCACACUGUGCCACUGAUGCAGACUUUGCACCCAUGACUACUCCAGGACUCCCUCCCUUAGGUGGCACAUUUCCAAGUCACUAGACUGAGUCGCGGAUGAGUGCCGGAUAAAGGCGGUAGAAUAUCAACAUACUCAAAGCACGUGGAGCGCAGCCAAAAUCAGAAAAAGCUUAAAGGCCCAGUGCAGUCAAGAACUUGAUUUUCCUGUGUUGUAUAUGUAUUUCCACAUUAUGAGGUUGGAAUAAUACUGUGAAAUUGUGAAAAUUAUGAUAAUGCCCUUUUAGUGUAAGAGCUGUUUGAAAAGACAGCCUGAAAUUUCAGCCUGUUUUGGUGGGAUGGAGUUUUGGCCUGCCUGGUGAUAUCACCAGGCGAUAAAUUAGUUAAUAGACCAAUAAGAAAGAGUUCCAAACCUCUCUGCCAAUAACAGCUAGUUUUACUCCCCGACAGUCCUAGCAAAAUCCUUGCUUGAGAAAUUGCUCUUAAGAUGUCAUUUUAAUUGAAAACAAUCACAGUAAGGUACUUCAUUGUUAAAGACCCAAUGCAGACUUUUUAAAAAUCUCAAUAUCAAAAAAAUUCUGGGUAACAAUUAAAUACCUUACUGUAAUAGAUUUCCAUUUAAAUGGGCAAAAAUAGCUUUUUAGCAAAAAACUAUUUUUCAAGCAAGAAUUUUGCUAGGACUGUCUUGGAGUGGUCUGAGUGUGGAGGGGACAACUGAAAACUAGCUGUUAUUGGAAAAGAGGUUUGGAACUCUUUCUGUUAUUGGUCUAUUAACCAAUUUACCGCAUGGUGAUGUCACCAUGGAAAGCCAAAACUUCCGAUCAUGCAAACCUGCUGAUUAGAAGGUCCUGUGUAGAUUGUAUUUUCAAACAGAAACUAUCAGGAAGUAACACUGAUCAAACAUUUUCACACUUUCAUCAGCAAAAUUAUAUAAAACACAGGAAAAACUGAAUUUUUACUGCACUAGGCCUUUAACUGCUACCAUGGCGAAUAUCAUUUUUUAAAUCAUUUAAUUUACUCAGAUUAAUUGCCACAGGUUAUGUUGGGUAUUGAACAUCAACAGACAGUAUGGCAAAUUAAAUGAUAGUGUAUGCUAAUUUGUAUUCAUAUUGUAAUCCUGUCAGUUUUACUCUGAUUUUACUGCAGGUAUAUUGUAGCCUACAGACAAGGACUAAACUGUUCUGUCAAGAACUACACUUAUAAAACUAAAGAAUAGGUAGAUCUUUGUGUAUUGUAUUGACCAUAUUGAAUAAGGCUGUGGUCUUAUAUGUUCCAUCCAUUUCUACUAGGGUAGUGAGUUAGAGGUUAUAAUACAGUUGACUUGGUCAGGGUCACAUCAUUUCAAAACUGCUGCCGGCCCAAGUUUGUAUUUGGCGAUGAACUUAGCCUCCCAUUCAGAAUAAACUGCAGAUUCAGCUGUUAUUUUAUGGGCAUAUUUAAAAAACCAUUGGAGAAUGGGAGCUGUCAGAGACGAUGCUACACUAGGAUAGGCUACACUAGGCUAGCCUAUUCAGUAUUUAGCCAGCUGCUGUGGGCUUCAACACCAUGGAUUGAAGACCGAGCCAAGUACUUGCUGGACCCAUAGAAAACAACCAUUUGUAUUCCUCAUGAAGUGUUGUUGUUAUGGUUUGAUACUACAGUAACCAAGUCAAUGGCAUGCUAAGGUCAGGGAUAGCCUCUCCAGACUGUGGGAUAAACGCCUGUGUGUCCCUCACUAGUGGGAUAUUCAUAGAAUAGAGGAGGGGGGAGGAGGGAAGGGUGAGGGAGGAAGAGUGGGGAGUUUGGAAAUCAGAAUAUCCCCACGCUGCCAAGUUGUCUUACAUCCAAGCCUCAGCCUGCAUGAAGGGUAAUCCUUGGCAAGGCAGCUGAAGGAUGUUUGUGUAGCUUGCCACGCUUGGUGCUGUUGUCUCCAUUCAUGCCUCGCCAUGAUAGGCUAAGCUUUCUGAGUACACAUGGUAUUGUCACAAAGUUAACGGUGAUGGAGGCAUGCUAAUUAGCAUUAGCAGUUAGCGGCUCUGUUUAGCGUUAACAUGAACAGGGGAAACUAGGCAACAGUAAACAUGUCAUCCCCCAUGAAAAUUGCACUGAUUGGCCCUUGGGACAGGAAAUAUGCUUGUUCAAAGAUUGGAAUUUCAGUUGCUUACUAUAGCGCCCCCUUGGGCCAAUCAGUGCAAUUUUGUAAAUGCCGGAUCGCUAUGGCAAGAUUGACGCAACAUUCCCCCAAGUUUAGUCAAAAUCGGGCCAGGGGUGGUGUCUAAGAUAUUGCGUGUGACUAACGUGCGUACUAACGUACGGAUGGAGACAGAAACAUAGUCCCCUCUCUGAUUUUAUCGUGGGGGACAAUUAGCAUUAGCAUGACACAGUAAGCAGGUGUGUUGUGUAUACUGUAGUUUUCCAUUUGACUCAGUCAUUUCUCUUGAGAUGGAAAACACACACCUGAAUUGGGGAGGUGCAGGCUGACUUGACUUCAGUCCAAGCAGUAAACUUUUCUGCUCCAAUGUGAGUAAUACAUAAAAUAAAAAGUAUCUUAUUUACAUAAGUAUUCACACCCCUGAGUCAAUACUUUGUAGAAGCACCUUGUAGAGUCUUUCUUGGUAAGUCUCUAAGAGCUUUCCACACCUGGAUUUUGCCACAUUUGCCCAUUAUUCUUUUCAAAAUUCUUCAAGCUCCGUCAAAUUGGUUGUUGAUCAUUGCUAUACAGACAUUGUCAGGUCUUGCCAUAGAUUUUCAAGUAGAUUUAAGUCAAAACUGUAACUCAGCCACACAGGAACAUUCACUGUCUUCUUGGUAAGCAACUCCAGUGUAGAUUUGUCCUUAUGUUUUAGGUUAUUGUCCUACUGAAAGGUGAAUUCAUCUCACAGUGUCUGGUGGAAAGCAGACUGAACCAGAUUUUCCUCUAGGAUUUAGCCUGUGCUUAGCUCCAUUCCGUUAAUUUUUUUAUCCUGAAAAACUCCCCAGUCCUUAACGAUUACAAGCAUACCCAUAACAAGAUGGAGCCACCGCUAUGCUUGAAAAUAUGGAAAGUGUUACUCAGUAAUGUGUUGUAUUGGAUUUGCCCCAAAUAUACAGUGAGGGAAAAAAAAAUUUGAUCCCCUGCUGAUUUUGUACGUUUGCCCACUGACAAAGACAUGAACAGUCUAUCAUUUUAAUGGUAGGUUUAUUUGAACAGUGAGAGACAGAAUAACAACAAAAAAAUCUAGAAAAAUGCAUUUUAAUGAGAGAAAUAAGUAUUUGACACCUCUGCAAAACAUGACUUCGUACUUGGUGGCAAAACCCUUGUUGGCAAUCACAGAGGUCAGACGUUUCUUGUAGUUGGCCACCAGGUUUGCGCACAUCUCAGGAGGGAUUUUGUCCCACUCCUCUUUGCAGAUCUUCUCCAAGUCAUUAAGGUUUCGAGGCUGACGUUUGGCAAUUCAAACCUUCAGCUCCCUCCAUAAAUGUUCUAUGGGAUUAAGGUCUGGAGACUGGCUAGGCCACUCCAGGACCUUAAUGUGUUUCUUCUUGAGCCACUCCUUUGUUGCCUUGGCCGUGUGUUUUGGGUCAUUGUCAUGCUGGAAUACCCAUCCACGACCCAUUUUCAAUGCCCUGGCUGAGGGAAAGAGGUUCUCACCCAAGAAUUGACGGUGCAUGGCCCUGUCCAUCGUCCCUUUGAUGCAGUGAAGUUGUCCUGUCCCCUUAGCAGAAAAACACCCCCAAAGCAUAAUGUUUCCACCUUCGUGUUUGACGUGUUCUUGGGGUCAUAGGCAGCAUUCCUCCUCCUCCAAACACGGCGAGUUGAGUUGAUGCCAAAGAGCUCCAUUUUGGUCUCAUCUGACCACAACACUUUCACCCAGUUCUCCUCUGAAUUAUUCAGAUGUUCAUUGGCAAACUUCAGACGGGCAUGUAUAUGUGAACAGGGGGAUCUUGCUGGCGCUGCAGGAUUUCAGUCCUUCAUGGCGUAGUGUGUUACCAAUUGUUUUCUUGGUGACUAUGGUCCCAGCUGCCUUGAGAUCAUUGACAAGAUCCUCCCGUGUAGUUCUGGGCUGAUUCCUCACCAUUCUUAUGAUCAUUGCAACUCCACGAGGUGAGAUCUUGCAUGGAGCCCCAGGCCGAGGGAGAUUGACAGUUAUUUUGUGUUUCUUCCAUUUGCAAAUAAUCACACCAACUGUUGUCACCUUCUCACCAAGCUGCUUGGCGAUGGUCUUGUAGCCCAUUCCAGCCUUGUGUAGGUCUACAAUCUUGUUCCUGACAUCCUUGGAGAGCUCUUUGGUCUUGGCCAUGGUGGAGAGUUUGGAAUCUGAUUGAUUGAUUGCUUCUGUGGACAGGUGUCUUUUAUACAGGUAACAAACUGAGAUUAGGAGCACUCCCUUUAAGAGUGUGCUCCUAAUCUCAGCUCGUUACCUGUAUAAAAGACACCUUGGAGCCUGAAAUCUUUCUGAUUGAGAGGGGGCUCAAAUACUAAUUUCCCUCAUUAAAAUGCAAAUCAAUUUAUAACAUUUUUGACAUUGACUGGAUUUUGUUGUUGUUAUUCUGUCUCUCACUGUUCAAAUAAACCUACCAUUAAAAUUAUAGACUGAUCAUUUCUUUGUCAGUGGGCAAACGUACAAAAUCAGCAGGGGAUCGAAUACUUUUUUCCCUCACUGUAACUCUUUGUAUUCAGGACAAAAAGUGAAUUGCUUUGCCACAGUUUUCGCAGUAUUACUUUAGUGCCUUGUUGCAAACAGGAUGCAUGUUUUGGAAUAUCUUUAUUCUGUACAGGCGUCCUUUUUUUCACUCUGUCAAUUAGUUUAGUAUUGUGGAGUAACUACAAUGUUGUUGAUCCAGCCUCAGUUUUUUCCUAUCACAGCCAUUAUACUCUGUCUGUUUUAAAGUCACCAUUGGCCUCAUGAUGAAAUCCCUGAGCGGUGUCCUUCAUCUUCGGCAACUGAGUUAGGAAGGACGCCUGUAUCGUUGUAGUGACUGGGUAUAUUGAUACACCAUCAAAAGUGUAAUUAAUAACUUCAUCAUUCUCAAAGGGAUAUUUAAUGUCUGCUUUUUUUUUUACCCAUCUACCAAUAGGAGCCCUUCUUUGCGAGGCAUUGGGAACCCUCUCUGGUCUUUGUGGUUGAAUCUGUGUUUGAAAUUCACUGGUCGACUGAGGGACCUUACAGAUAAUUGUGUAUGUGGGGAACAGAGAUGAGGUUAAACACUAUUAUUGCACACAGAGUGAGUCCAUGCAACUUAUUAUGUGACUUGUUAAGCAAAGUUUUACUCCUGAACUUAUUUAGGCUUGCCAUAGCAAAAGGUUUGAACACUUAUUGACUCAAGACAUUUCAGCUUCAAAUGUUUUAUUUGUAAACAUUUUGAAAAACAAAAUUCCACUUUUACAUUAUGGGUAUUGUGUGCAGGCCAGUGACCAAAAAUCUCAAUUAAUGCUUUAUAAAUUCAGGCUGUUACACAACCAAAUGUGGAAAAAGUCAAAGUUUGUGAAUACUUUAUGAAGGUAAUGUAAUUGUUGUACUUCAGAGCUAUCCAAAUGAGGGGAUUUUUUGCAAAAAGCAGUUGUUGAGUGGACUUUUCUUUCUCUUAGAUUUCCUUUUCUCUAUUUGUUCUGUAAUUUCUUAUCUCUGCAGGUCAAAGUGAUGGUGCGUAUCUGCUCUGCCCGGGGCUUCAGUGACACCUCAGAGUCCAGGUCGUUUCUAAAGGUUGACGCCCGCAAGAAGCAGCUCACCCUCUGCGAAACGUCUGCUAACAGUCACUCCAGUGCAGCCCAGAGGCGCACCGCUGCAGCCGCCCCCAAGAUGUUCACUUUCAACACAGUCUUCUCCCAGGAUGCCUCACAAGUAAGCCACAGCCACACCCCAAACCCGCCACCCUGUCCUCACCACUGUUCUUCAUAGCUGAUCCUGGAGACCUACAGGUUGAGCAGGCUUUUGUUCUUCCCCUGCACUAAUACAAUUUCAACUAAUUAACUGAUGAUUAGUUAAUUAGCUGAAACAGGUGGGGGUUGAGGUGGAGGAUUCUUUGGAGAACAGGCUGAGCAGUCAGUCCUUUUAAAGUCAAAGUGCUUUGGUUUCCAUUCAGGGCCUAGUCGAGCUUUCCAAAAAUAUGUAUCUAAUUUCACACAAGAGUUCAGCAUGGGUGAUGGAUACCCAAGAUGAGAUCAAAGUUGUGGUGUUGGUGGGAAGAAAGGGGGAGAGAAACAGAUAAGGGUGAUGGGUGAGGAUAUAACCAGGACCCAGCAGGAGUCCUCGCCCCAGAGUGCAGGAGGAAGAAACAACAAACCUUUUUCCCUGCACCAGUUGUAGCUGCAAAACCACACUAGGCUAAAUAAAAAAGGUUAGAGGGUGUCGUGUCAGACAACGUAAGGCCUGAUGAUCGGUGCCCCUACCCGGCACUGUUCAAAAGGAGAGGAGGCUUUGAAGAGGAAGACAUAGGAGCUACUGUAGAGCUUGUAUUAGAACAGUGUCAGCAAACCUGCACUCAUACACACACACAUUCACACUCCCUCACACACACCCGAGGCGUGGUGCUAGAGUUUGAACACUUCAUCGUGGAGGCUUCACAGAAUAGGAAGCACCUCUCUGGCUCUGCCUGUCUGUAGGGGAGGAAAGGCUGGUAUGGGAUUAAUCAGAGAGAGCGCUGAGGCUGCUCUCUGUUGCUGGAGUGGAAGUUUGAUGUUAUAUGUCACUAAUAUGCAAUGCAGACCUACUCUACAUCCUGGAUUCAGGCAGAAUUAUGAGAUUGCCAGGCAGAUGGCGAGGCAGGCAGCAUAACCUAGGCCCUAUACCUGCAGUGUUCUGCUACUGUGGACAGGUCAUUCAACGUGUAGAAAUACACAGAUCCAUGAACUCUCUCCUUAGUGCUUUAGGUCUUUGAAAUGUUAGUGUUUGAUAUGCAUUCAAAGGGUUGUUGAUGGUCACUCCCUAUUUGUCUGACAUGGUCUGUGCUUUUUUGCCAUCAGCUUAGUUGUAUUUGUCUCUUUGCUGUUGCGAUGUACUGUCCUUGUGCUGUGAUUCCAAAUGGUCUGUUUACCCACCAACAAUGGUCUGUACCCACAAAAUAUGGUCUGUACCCACAGGCUGUGUACAAAUUUGGUGAAAUACACAUUGAUUGAGGUGUGCUCUGUUCUAAUUAUGUUGUCUGAAGUUUGAUGUCCUCUCUCCUGAUAGGCUGAGGUAUGCUCGGGGACGGUGGCGGAGGUCAUCCAAUCGGUGGUGAAUGGUGCAGAUGGCUGCGUCUUCUGCUUCGGCCAUGCCAACCUCGGUAUGACAACACUCUCACACUCUACACACACACACCCCAUACCCACAAACCUCUGCCCUUAAUUUCCUGUUUUCACACCUCAAGAAAGAAACAAACUAGGAUUACCAAUUUAACAGAGGUCCUUUUUUAAUUGACUGAACCAUUGUGUGUCCCCACCCCCAUUCCCAUUAGAAAACCACUUCACUGAAUUAAUUUCCUCGUGGGAGUCCCAAUGAUUGCAUACAAUAAAGGAGAGAUGGAAAAUCCCCCUUUGUUUUGUCUGCCUCAUUUAAAAGCCCUCUUUGAGUUUGUGUGGAGGGCUUUGAAUGAAAGAAGUCAGCGGCCACUUAUAAUGUUGUAGGGGGCCUGUUUGUGUGUCUGCGUGUUGCUGUGCGCAUGAUGUGUGUAUCUGUGUGUGUAUCUGUGCGUAUAUCUGUGCGUGUGCACAUGUUUCUUUGAGGGUGAAAAAGAGAGACAGAGGGAGCUUUUCGCCGAAUGCGAAGUGCCCUUGUUUUCCAUCUGUUUGUUAGAUAUUCACUCCUUUUGUCUACUCCUUUGUUUCACCUCCAGCUGUGUAGGCGUCUGCCCCCCGGUGAGCCCUUCAAAUAUCCCCCUUUGUUGUUUGUUUAUCAUAACUUCUACUUCUACCAUUACUUAUUUUAUUGGUUGGCUAUUACUGCUAUAAAUAUUUGUAUCCACCCACAGACAUACAACUCACUUAACACAUUUGAUAUGAAGGCAACAUUUUGUCAGCGCUAUCGUUUAUCUGCUUGAACACCACACAAGCAAUGCCAACUCGUACACCGGUUUUUGAUGUCUUGAGCUAGCUAAUUCCUUUUCAGAAUGAAUGCAUAACUGUUAGCAACUAGGCCUAGGAAAUUCCAGGGACCUCAUGAUAUGAUGUUAUCACGAUACCUAGGUGCUGAUACGAUAUAUAUUGUGAUUCUCACGAUUCUACAGUGGCUUGCGAAAGUAUUCACCCCCCUUUGCAUUUUUCCUAUUUUGUUGCCUUACAACCUGGAAUUAAAAUUGAUUUUUUGGGGGGUUUGUAUCAUUUGAUUUACACAACAUGCCUACCACUUUGAAGAUGCAAAAUAUUUUUUCUUGUGAAACAAACAACAAAUAAGACAAAAAAAGCAAAAAACUUGAGCGUGCAUAACCAUUCAUCCCCCCAAAGUCAAUACUUUGAAGAGCCACCUUUUGCAGCAAUUACAGCUGCAAGUCUCUUGGGGUAUGUCUCUAUAAGCUUGGCACAUCUAGCCACUGGGAUUUUCCCCCAUUCUUCAAGGCAAAACUGCUCCAGCUCCUUAAGGUUGGAUGGGUUCUGCUGGUGAACAGCAAUUUUUAAGUCAUACCACAGAUUCUCAAAUGGAUUGAGGUCUGGGCUUUGACUACGCCAUUCCAAGACAUUUAAAUGUUUCCCCUUAAACCACUCAAGUGUUGCUUUAGCAGUAUGCUUAGGGUCAUUGUCCUGCUGGAAGGUGAACCUCCGUCCCAGUCUCAAGUCUCUGGAAGACUGAAACAGGUUUCCCUCAAGAAUUUCCCUGUAUUUAGUGCCAUCCAUCAUUCCUUCAAUUCUGACAAGUUUCCCAGUCCCUGCCAAUUAAAAUAAUCCCCACAGCAUGAUGCUGCCACCACCAUGCUUCACUGUGGGGAUGGUGUUCUCGAGAUGAUGAGAGGUGUUGGGUUUGCGCCAGACAUAGCGUUUUCCUUGAUGGCCAAAAAGCUCAAUUUUAGUCUCAUCUGACCAGAGUACCUUCUUCCAUAUGUUUGGGGAGUCUCCCAUAUGGCUUUUGGCGAACACCAAAUGUGUUUGCUUAUUUUUUCUUUAAGCAAUGGCUUUUUUCUGGCCACUCUUCUGUAAAGCCCAGCUCUGUGGAGUGUACGGCUUAAAGUGGUCCUAUGGACAGAUACUCCAAUCUCUGCUGUGGAGCUUUGCAGCUCCUUCAGGGUUAUCUUUGGUCUCUUUGUUUCCUUUCUGAUUAAUGCCCUCCUUGCCUGGUCCAUGAGUUUUGGUGGGCGGCCCUCUCUUGGCAGGUUUGUUGUGGUGCCAUAUUCUUUCCAUUUUUGAAUAAUGAUUUUAAUGGUGCUCCGUGGGAUGUUCAAAGUUUCAGAUAUUUUUUUAUAACCCAACCCUGAUCUGUACUUUUCCACAACUUUGUCGCUGACCUGUUUGGAGAGCUCCUUGGUCGUCAUGGUGUCGCUUGCUUGGUGGUGCCCCUUGCUUAGUGGUGUUGCAGACUCUGGGGCAUUUCAGAACAGGUGUAUAUAUACUGAGAUCAUGUGACAGAUCAUGUGGACUUUAUUUAACUAAUUAUGUGUCUUCUGAAGGUAAUUGGUUGCACCCAAUCUUAUUUAGGGGCUUCAUAGCAAAGGGGGUGAAUACAUAUGCACGCACCACUUUCCAUUAUUUUUUUCAUUUCACUUCACCAAUUUGGACUAUUUUGUGAAUGUCCAUUACAUGAAAUCCAAAUAAAAAUCCAUUUAAAUUACAGGUUGUAAUGCAACAAACUAGGAAAAACGCCAAGGGGGAUGAAUAUUUUUGCAAGGCACUGUAUAUGGAUCACAAUUCGAUACUGUGAUUUUAUUGAGAUUCGAUGUUCCAAACAUAUUGCUCACCAUGUCUGCUGCAGAGGGACGAGAGAGAGCCAUGAUUGAUUUAUUUAUUGAUCAGUCAUGGAAAUAAAAGUGCUGAAAACAAAUUGGCUCCCUAUUUAAAAAGAAGAUGGAGUACAAGCUAUGAAGGAAAAAUACUGGAGUUUUGGUGCAGGUACAGCCACUAGUGCAAGAAUUAUAUUGCGAUAUUGUCAAAAUGAUACAUCAUAAAAAAUGAUAUCCCAAUAUGUAACUAUAGAUUUUUUCCCCCAUCAGUAUAAGCUACCUUUAUUGUCUGUUUUUGAGGGUAGACUUAUAAUACUACACAGCCGGUUUCCCGGAUACAGAUGAAGUCUAGUCCAGGACUAGUCCAGAAGUGCUUUCAAUGGAUAAUCUCAAUUUAAAGGGACACUUCAGGAUUUUGGCAAUGAAGCCCUUUAUCUGCUUCCCCAGAGUCAGAUGAACUCAUGGAUAACAUUUGUAUGUCUCUGAAUCCAGUAUGAAGGAAGUUAGAGGUAGUUUUUCGAUCCAAUGCUAACUAGCAUUAGCACAAUUAAUGGAAGUAUAUGGUAUCUACUAGCAUGCUAGCAGUUACCAUAGACUUCCAGUCAUUGUGCUAACGCUAGUUAGCAAUGUCCUUCAAACUGCACAUAAAGACAUAAAAAUGGUAUCCACGAUUCAUCUGACUCUGGGGAAGUAGAUAAAGGGCUUUAUUGCCAAAAUCCUGAAGUAUCCCUUUAACAUGCCUUUUACUCCAGAACUAGGCUGUAAGCUGUGUCCGGGAAUCCCGCUCACCAGUAUAACAAACCCACCAUGAUUGGUCAGGACUGCUCCACCAAAUGACCUCUGAUCUCUCCUCCAUAGGUAAAACAUACACCAUGAUUGGUCGGGACUGCUCCACACAGAGCCUGGGCGUGGCUCCCUGCGCCAUCUCCUGGCUCUUCAAACUCAUCGAGGAGCGCAGGGAGAAGGCUGGGGCACGCUUCUCGGUCCGUGUGUCGGCUGUGGAGAUUUCUGGCCUGGAUGAGGCGCUGACCGACUUGCUGUCCGAUGUGUCCACUGGCAGCCUGCAGGAUGGCCAGUCCCCAGCGGUGUAUCUGCGCGAAGACCCCAUCUGCGGAUCACAGGUAUGGAGUUGAUUGGCUAGUGGAGGUGUGGUUGUGUGUGUGUGUGUGUGUGUGGGGGGGUAGUUCUUAGAGAGAAUGCAUUUCAAUAUAUUUUGACUACCAAGCAUAGGCUAUGUUCAGCUGUAUUCUGACUUGAGAUCUGCAUGUUUAAUAACUGGAAUGUUCAGUUAGUCUCCCAUUGACAUCAAUGAACCAUUUACGUGAUUGUCCAUGUUGUUUGUGCUUUUAUCAACUAUGAAUCGGGCUGUCAGUGAAUACUUAAAAAAAACUAAGUAAAUUCUUUAGCUACCUGGGCUCUUGUGAUGCUCCCGCCUCCCUCUGAUCUCCGAAGACGACCUCUGACCUCCGAAGACGACCUCUCUCCCUCUCUGGACCCUCUGUCUCUCACCUCUCCUAACCUCCCUCCCUCAGUGCACAUAUCUGACCUCCUGAUCACCCAGGAGACUCCCUCCGCCAGGCCAGAAAUGUGCGCAGUUCGCCCAAUUAGCUAGACCCUUCUAAUGCAGUCUCUUUUCAUCUCUCUCUUUUCACUGACUCCCCCUCUCUUUCUUUCUGUAUGUCUGUCUGUGUUUAUUUCCCUAUCCAUCUCCCAUUUUCUUUCUCUCACCUAUCUGUAGCUCCCUCCCGUUUUCAUUCUUGUUCAUUCUGUGUGUGUGUGGGAGUCUGUCUCGUUAUUCAUCUCCCAAUUUCUCUUUCUACCUGUCUUUACCUUUCUAUCACCUCUAUCUGUACCCCCAUAUAUCUCUUUCUCUCUCUCUCUGUCUCUCUCUCAAUUCAAUUCAAAGGGCUGUAUUGGCAUGAAAAGCUUUUGCAACAGCAGGAACAAUAGGAGGUACAGUAGUAGUCUGAGUAGUAUUAGUAUGAGUAGUCUCUCUCUCUCUCUCAUUCAGUCUCCCCUCACUUUUCAUCUCUCUCUCUUCCCUUCUCAGCUCCAGAACCAGAUUGAGUUGCAUGCGGCCACUGCAGAGCGGGCAGCCUACUUUCUGGAUGCAGCCCUGGCGGCCCGAAGCACCAGCCACCCUCACUGCGACAAGGAUGUGAGGAGGAACUCUCACAUGCUCUUCACCCUCCACGUCUACCAGUACAGCAUGGAAAAGAGUGCCAAAGGAGGAAGUGAGUAGGACGCCUGUGUCAGUAGCUGUGUCUUAGGGGAGGAGGUGGGGAGGGUUGGGGUGGUGUGUGCGCUAAGCAGACCUGGGUCAAAUAGGUAUUUGUUGUCUUUCAAAUACUUGGCUUAUACCAGUGGAAUGUAUUCAUGGAUGCCAAGGGAAGCACCCACCCCAAAAUUGACAAAAAAUUAAAUAAAAUAAUUUAAUCUCUCUCUCUGUGUUUUCAUAAUUUUUCUUCAAUUCACAAGAGGAUGAAUAUGUCUACCUGGAGAAAGUGUCAGAGUGAGUGAAACAGCGCCCCUCCAUCUCUGUAUGUGUAGGCCAUCAAUCUGACACUGUCUGGUCAUAAAGAGUAUGGCAUUGUUGCCGCCUGUAGCAUUGAAUGAAAGGGAAGCCAGUGAGCAUUUGCCCUCCCUUGAUAAAAAUAAAAUAAAAAAUAAUAGGCAAUCAUCAUUGAGCGCAACUGUGAAUGGUCCUGGUGCACCAAAAAAAAGUGUCAAGGGAAGCCAGUUUGGAUUUGGCUUCACUCCUAUCACAGCGCAUCAAGAGAAAUACAUCAUUGACAGAAACAAUUUGAAUUGUUGCAUCUCGUUGUGUUGUUGUCCUCCGGUGGCUAGCUAGCUAGCUAAAAUUAGGCAUGGAUCGAGAUAGGUAUUUGGACUUGUGGUUUUACUUAAUUAGCCGUACUGGCCAAUGAUUAUAACGACGAUUCUGAUCCAACCAUAAAUUCAUACAUUGUGCCACUGGACUGAGAGGCUAUAAGUUCAAUAUGUAGCUAGAUGUAGAAGGCUAAUGUUAACUAGCUAACGUUGCCAAUGAAAGGAAGUUAGGCUAGUGAGCAAGCAUUUUAGCCAGGUAGCCUAGGACAACAAAAAUUAAAUGCGUAUACUGUAUGAUAGUCAUAGACCGUUUCGUCAACAUGAGUGAGAGGAGGAUGGCAUUGGCGUUUCUCUACAAUAGGGUGAGUCAACAUGUUUUUUUCUACUUGCACGAACACACGCACGCAAAAACACACACACACACACACACAUAUCAGAACCAUGAACAGCCACAUCAUAUUUAGCUUACGUUGAUUGGACUGAAUUGUUGUUGGUAUAUUUUAGUGGUCACUGUAUUAGACUAAGCAUAGGUGAUUUGAUUAUGUUGAAGUUGAAAUGGUGCUGGAAUAGUGGAGGCAACUCUCCGUGAUUCUAAAUCAAUAGUUGUUUAGUAGUCCGAAAAGGUUGGAACCAUUAACUUGCUUGACCAUGCUGAAGGUCAUGUACAGUGCAUUCGGAAAGUAUUCAGACCCCUUCACUUUUUUCACACUUGUGACUUGUUUCAGGAAACUAGGCGUAUGUCACGUGUCACUCCUUCACAGGAGAGCCAUUUGAACUUGCCUUCUGGAACAUGUGAACUUUCAUGUGCCUUAAUAACAAACUUGUAUGCCAUCUAUAAAUAUGAAUAAAAGUGUUAAAUUACGAGCCUAGUUGGUUUAGCCACAGAAAAAGACAGCAACCUUCCCGCUAGCCAUGAUUGGCUGAGAUAAUGAGUGGGCUGGACAUGCUGAGAGAUGAGUUUGGAUUGGUCUGCCAUGUAGCACACUUCUGUCUAUUUGAGCUGGUCAGUAUGUGUAGGUAAUCCUGUCUAACACUGCUUUUAAAAAUAUAUAUCUCGUAGUAGAACUGCAUAAGUGUUGCUCUCCACUUUCUGGAGAACCGAGUUUUGAAAUCAGUGGACUUAGAGUAUGAUAGCUAAGGAGAUGGAGAAAACACCUGUCUCCGGAUUACAUCUUCAAACUAAGGGCAACCAUGGCAUCCGUGAGAGAGGGAGAAGCGUCCAUCCAUGUAUACGGGUAAUAUAGUCUAGCUUGCUUCAUUUUCAGAUAUUACACAUUUCUAAUUUUGUCAGAAAGUCAUUUUCAUUUCAAGUUAAAGUGUACUGUUAGCUAGCUAGCUAAAGUUAGCUGGCUGGCUCGCUAGCUAACGUUACGCGUAUGAUCUGUGUAUUAAUAUUAUUCGUAUCUCAGAGCCAUUUGUAGCCUAAUGUUAGCUAGCUAACAUUGAACCUGGUUGGUUAGCUACCUGCAGAUUCACGCAGGGUAGUAACGUCAUGAGUUGGAAUUAUGGUUCAUUGUUUAGCUAGCUGGCUACAUGUCUUAACAAAAGACUCCACUAUGCAAGUAACCAUUUCAAUAGAAUUUUAAUGAUGUCACUGUGACAACUGUUGAUAGACGUAGCUGGUAAAUCUGCUCUGGCUAUCUACUCUGAUUUCAGAGCACUCUCGUCUGAGUGUGCCAGAGAGCAGAAUAACUGACACAUUUACGAACGCUCAACACCCAUUGAAUAUGGCCGGUGUCAGUAAACGUUGGCAAAAAGCGUAAAUUGUUGCCAGCAGCACAAUUGCAGUCACCAACGCUCUGGAUAACAUAUAAACAGCCUAACCAGCUCUGCUAGGGCGAGUAAAAUGGUCAGACUGAGCUGUUCUCUCAUUUGUGUCUGGAAGUAGCUAGCAAGCUAGCCAACGAUAGCCAGUUAGCUUGGGUGCUUGACUGCUGUUGUUAGGACAUAAUGCUCGGAUCAACCCUUAAAGAGAUUGGUGGGGCUAAAGCCUAAGAAGGUGUGAACGAUUCUGAAUCGGUGUAGACAAAGAAGAGGUCUCCAGUAGGUGAACCAAAACAUUCAAAAGCAAUUUUCUCAAAAGUGAGGUUAAAAGUUUAUCAACUUUCAAAGCAGAAUUACUUUCCCUUUUUUCCUCAACUUUUUACCAAUUAAAAAAAACACAAUUUCAAAUGUUGCUACAUAAGACCGAAUUGAGCCGAUCGGUCACAUUUUGUUACGUUACAGCUGUCAUGACUCUCCCUGGGUGAGGAUCAAAGGCCUCACAUCAGCUUGGCAAAUGGCCGACAACAACCAGACCCUCUUACCCACAGGGGGGAUGUGCCGGUCUUGACACCUUAAUACUGCCAUAAAUUAGAGAGGAGGAUAAUCUAUCUCUGGCAUUCUAGUAGACUUUUUGCCACCCAAAAACUUCAACAUCCAACAAUGAACAUUGGGACAAUAUAUUUCAACAUCCAAACUUUGGGAAUGAUGAGAAAUGGUAUAUGGAAAAUAUAUGCAUAUUUUGUGAUGUCAUUAAAAAAAUGGUAUAAAGGCGUUAUAACGAAAACAUUGUGACUUGAAGCGCUUUUACACUGUGUAUAUCAGGAUUACAUCCUUUACCUUGUGUAGAAAAUAUCAAGGAGGAAGACAAUGUUUUCGUGAAGAUAGAAAGCUAAAAGCACAAUCCUAACAAAAUCAUAGUGAUGAUAAUACUUUUGCCUCAUAACUAGCCACGCCCGAGGGAGCUCAGAGAGUGUGUCAGUAUGAAGGAAAUGCCCCUCUUUACCAGAGUGCAUAAAAGAUUGAGAUAAGAAUUAUCAGAUCAAACUAGACGGACCUCAAGCUGCAGCUUUUGUCCAUAUUGGUCCCGACCCUGAAAAUCAACACGAGGUGAAGACGAAAAAGUUGCCUCCACUAACAAUGAAUGUUACGGCUGAGUAGCUGUUCUAAGUACUGUAUCUCAGAAGGUGAAUUUAAGUGGGACCAUCCUGUUACUCUCUUCAAAACAUCGUCACCUACACUGCUCUCAUCACCCCACAGGGGAUCAUUGACAUGGCUGAUUAGCCGUCCUCAGAAGACCACUUCCAGUAUGAGUGAAAGUAAACAGACAACUAAGAAGAAGGACAUUGUGAACUCUUGUGGACAAUUUCAGCCUUACAUCUAAAAGGCCAUCCGAAAGAGAAGGCCCAAUCGACCCUUUCCCACGAAGGCCUGGGUCCAACAGAGAUACACGACGAAGACCCCCAACACGUAAAUACAUGCAUUGCUUUUCUUCCCAAACGGGGAGCAGUUCCAGGCAAAAUAUUAGGAUUAAUAUUAGGUCCAUGUGUAUCCAAGUUUUUUUUCUCUCUCUCUCUCUCUUUAACUCGCCAUCUUUUGUAACAAGUGUCAUAUUGUGUUAGUCCGCUAGGGAACCAUUUUCAUUGUAUUAAGUUUACCGUUUACAUGUUUGUAUCUUGUGUUAUCAUUUUUAAUUAGUUAGUAAAUAAAUAAUUAAAUACAUUUGUGUGGUACGGAAUGAUCAGUAAGUCUACAACUUUCAGAAUGAGAUAUGAGGUAAAUUAUUAAUAAAUGACUGUUAAAUGAUAAGAGAUAUCUAGAUAUCUUUAGAGUUAAUUCAGGAAACGGUAACUCGUUAAACAACUUUUCCCAUGGUGCCCCAAAUUCCUACUGAGUUACAUUAUUAAUUUAAUCUAGUAACAAUUAAACAUACAUUGGCUUGUGAAAGUAUUCAACCCCCUUGGCAUUUUUCCUGUUUUAUUGCCUUACAACCAGGAAAUAAAAUGGAUUUUUUGGAUCAUUUCAUUUACACAACAUGCCUACCACUUUGAAGAUACACAAUAUUUUUGGGGGAAAUAAGACAAUUAAACAGAAAACUUGAGCAUGCAUAACUAUUCACCCCUCCAAAGUCAAUACUUUGUAGAGCCACCUUUUGCAGCAAUUACAGCUGCACGUCUCUUGGGGUAUGUCUCCAUAAGCUUGGCACAUCUAGCCACUGGGAUUUUUGCCCAUUCUUCAAGGCAAAACUGCUCCAGCUCCUUCAAGUUGGAUGGGGUUCCGCUGGUGUAAAGCAAUCUUUAAGUCAUACCACAGAUUCUCAAUUGGAUUGAGGUCUGGGCUUUGACUAGGCCAUUCCAAGACAUGUAAAUGUUUCCCCUUAAACCACUUGAGUGUUGCUUUAGCAUAAUGCUUAGGGUCAUUGUCCUGCUGGAAGGUGAACCUCCAUCCCAGUCUCAAAUCUCUGGAAGACUGAAACAGGUUUCCCUCAAGAAUUUCCCUGUAUUUAGCACCAUCCAUCACUCCUUCAAUUCUGACCAGUUUCCCAGUCCCUGCCGAUGAAAAACAUCCCCACAGCAUGAUGCUGCCACCACCAUGCUUCACUGUGGGGAUGGUGUUCUCGGGGUGAUGAGAGUUGUUGGGUUUGCGCCAGACAUAGCGUUUUCCUUGAUGGCCAAAAAUCUAAAUUUUAGUCUCAUCUGACACCAUACCUUCUUUAAUAUGUUUGGGGAGUCUCCCACAUGCCUUUUGGCGAACACCAAACAUGUUUGCUUAUUUUUUUCUUUAAGCAAUGGCUUUUUUCUGACCACUCUUCCGUAAAUCCCAGCUCUGUGGAGGGUACGGCUUAAAGUGGUCCUAUGGACAGAUACUCCAAUCUCCGCUGUUGAGUUUUGCAUAUCCUUCAGGGUUAUCUUUGGUCUCUUUGUUGCCUCUCUGAUUAAUGCCCUCCUUGCCUGGUCCGUGAGUUUUGGUGGGCAGCCCUCUCUUGGCAGGUUUGUUGUGGUGCCAUAUUCUUUCAAUUUUUUAAUAAUGGAUUUAAUGGUGCUCCGUGGGAUGUUCAAAGUUUCUGAUAUUUUUAAUAACCUGUUUGGAGCGCUCCUUGGUCUUCAUGGUGCCCGCUUGCUUUGUGGUGCCCCUUGCUUAGUGGUGUUGCAGACUCUGGGGCAUUUCAGAACAGGUGUAUAUAUACUGAGAUCAUGUGACAGAUCAUGUGACACUUAGAUUGCAAACAGGUGGACUUUAUUUAACUAAUUAUGUGUCUUCUGAAGGUAAUUGGUUGCACCAGCUCUUAUUUAGGGGCUUCAUAGCAAAGGUGGUGAAUACAUAUGCACGCGCCACUUUUUCGUUAUUUUUUAAAUUUCUCUUCACCAAUUUGGACUAUUUUGUGAAUGUCCAUUACAUGAAAUCCAAAAUAAAAAUCCAUUUAAAUUACAGGUUGUAAUGCAACAAAAUAGGAAAAACGACAAGUGGGAGGAAUACUUCUGCAAGGCACGUUAGUAGGUAAUUAUUUGAUAAAUAAUAGUCAUCACAAUAAUGAAAGUCACGUCACGACACAGCUUUAUUAUAAAAUUGAUGAAAUUGUUAUUUUUCCCCUCAUCAAUCUACACACAAUACCCAAUAAUGACAAAGCAAAACAGUUGUUUUUUUAGAAAUGUUGCAAAUGUACACUACUGGUCAAAAAUUUUAGAACACCUACUCAUUCAAGGGUUUUUCUUUAUUUUAAAGAUGUUCUACAUUGUAGAAUAAUAGUGAAGACAUCUAAACUAUGAAAUAACACAUAUGGUAUCAUGUAGUAACCAAAAAGGUGUUAAACAAAUCAAAACAUAUUUUAUAUUUGAGAUCUUCAAAUAGCCACCCUUUGCCUUGAUGACAGCUUUGCACACUCUUGGCAUUAUCUCAACCAGCUUCAAUAGGUAGUCACCUGGAAUGCAUUUCAAUUACCAGGUGUGCCUUCAUAAAAGUUAAUUUGUGGAAUUUCUUUCCUUCUUAAUGUGUUUGAGCCAAUCAGUUGUGUUCUGACAAGGUAGGGGGGAUAUACAGAAGAAGCCAUAUUUGGUAAAAGACCAAGUCCAUAUUAUGGCAAGAACAGCUCACAUAAGCAAAGAAAUACAACAGUCCCCAUCAUUACUUUAAGACAUGAAGGUCAAUCAAUACGGAAAAUUAAGAACUUAAAGUUUAUUCAAGUGCAGUCGCAAAAACCAUCAAGGUCUAUGAUGAAACUGGCUCUCAUGAGGACUGCCACAGGAAUGGAAGACCCAGAGUUACCUCUGCUGCAGAGGAUAAGUUCAUUAGAGUUACCAGCCUCAGAAAUUGCAGCUCAAAUAAAUGCUUCACAUAGUUCAUGAAACAGACACAUCUCAACAUCAACUGUUCAGAGGAGACUUUGUGAAUCAGGCCUUCAUGGUCGAAUUGCUGCAAAUAAACAACUACCAAAGGACACCAAGAAGAAGAAGAGACUUGCUUGGGCCAAGAAACAUGAGCAAUGGAAUUUAGACCGGUGGAAAUUUGUCCUUUGGUCUAGUGUCCAAAUUUGAGAUUUUUGGUUCCAACCUCCGUGUCUUUGUGAGACACGGUGUGGUUGAACGGAUGAUCUCUGCAUGUGUAUUUCCCACCGUAAAGCAUGGAGCAGGAGGUGCUAUGGUGUGGGGGUGCUUUGCUGGUGACACUCUCUGUCAUUUAUUUAGAAUUCAAGACACAAUUAACCAGCAUGGCUACCACAACGUUAUGCAGCAAUACGCCAUCCCGUCUGGUUUUGGCUUUGUGGGACUAUCAUUUGUUUUUCAACAGGACAAUGACCCAACACACCUCCAAGCUGUGUAAGGGCUAUUUUACCAAGAAGGAGAGUGAUGGAGUGCUGCAUCAGAUGACCUGGCCUCCAAAAUCCCCCGACCUCAACCCAAUUGAGAUGGUUUGGGAUGAGUUGGACAGCAGAGUGAAGGAAAAGCAGCCAAGCAUAUGUGGGAACUCCUUCAAGACUGUUGGAAAAGCAUUCCAGAUGAAGCUGGUUGAGAGAAUGCCAAGAGUGUGCAAAGCUGUCCUCAAGGCAAAGGGUGGCUAUUUGAAGAAUCUCAAAUAUAAAAUAUAUUUUGCUUUGUUUAACAUUGUUUUGGUACUACAUGAUUCCAUGUGUUUCAGUUCAUAGUUUUGAUGUCUUCAUUAUUAUUCUUCAAUGUAGAAAAUAGUACAAAUAAAGAAAAACCCUUGAAUGAGUAAGUGUUCUAAAACUUUUGAGACUAUUACAUUUUACAUUUUAGUCAUUUAGCUGAUGCUCUUAUCCAGAGCGACUAACAGUUAGUGAGUGCAUAAAUGUUUUAUACUGGCCCCCCGUGGGAAUCGAACCCACUACCCUGGUGUUGCAAGCGCCAUGCUCUACCAACUGAGCUACACAGGGCCUGUAAUGCAAGAUACGUAAACAUUUACUCAGUACUUUGUUGAAGCACCUUUGGCAGUGAUUAUAGCCUUGAGUCUUCUUGAGUAUGACGCCUGAAGCUUGGCACACCUGUAUUUGGGGAUAUUCUCCCAUUCUUCUCUGCAGAUCCUCUCAAGCUCUGUCAGGUUGGAUGGGGAGAGACACUGCACAGCUAUUUUCAGGUCUCUCCAGAGAUGUUAGAUCGGGAUCAAGUCCGGGCUCUGGCUGGGUCACUCAAGGACAUUCAGAGACUUGUUCCGAAGCCACUCCUACGUUGUCUCGGCUGUGUGCUUAGGGUCGUUGUCCUGUUGGAAGGUGAACCGUCGCCCCAGUCUGAGGUUCUGAGUACUCUGGAGCAGGCUUUCAUCAAGGAUCUCUUUUUACUUUGCUCCAUUCAGCUUUCCCUCGAUCCUGACUAGUCUCCCAGUCCCUGCCGCUGAAAAACAUCCCCACAGCAUGAUGCUGCCGUAGGGAUGGUGCCAGGUUUCCUCCAGACUUGACGCUUGGUAUUCAGGCCAAAGAGUUCAAUCUUGGUUUCAUCAGACCACAGAAUCUUGUUUCUCAUGGUCUGAGAGUCCUUUAGGCGCCUUUUGGCAAACUCCAAGCAGGCUGCCAUGUGUCUUUUACUGAGGAGUGGCUUCCGUAUGGCCACUCUACCAUAAAUGCCUGAUUGGUGGAGUGCUGUAGAGAUUUUUGAUCUUCUAGAAGGUUCUCCCAUCUCCACAGAGGAACUCUGGAGCUCAGUCAGAGUGACCAUUGGGUUCUUGGUCACCUCCCUGACCAAGGCCCUUCUCCCCCGAUUGAUCAGUUUGGCCGGGCGGCUAGCUCUAGAAAGAGUCUUGGUGGUUCCACAUUUCUACCAGUUAAGAGUGAUGGAGGCCACUGUGUUCUUGGGGACCUUCAAUGCUGCAUAAAUGUUUUGGUACCCUUCCCCAGAUCUGUGCCUCAACACAAUCCUGUCGCGGAGCUCUACGGACAAUUCCUUCGACCUCAUGGCUUGGUUUUUGCUCUGACAUGCACUGUCAACUUUGGGACCCUAUAUUGACAUACUUGUGCCUUUCCAAAUCAUGUCCAAUCAAUUGAAUUUACCACAGGUGUACUCCAAUCAAGUUGUAGAAACAUCUCAAGGAUGAUCAAUGGAAAUACGAUGCACCUGAGCUCAAUUUCGAGUCUCAUAGCAAAGGGUCUGAAUACUUAUGUAAAUAAGGUAUUUCUGUUUUUUCUAAAAACCUAUUUUCGCUUUAUCAUUUUGUGGUAUUGUGUGUAGAUUGAUGAAGAAAACAUUUCAUUUAAUCAAUUUUAGAAUAAGGCUGUAUCGUAACAAAAUGUGGGAAAAGUAAAGGGGUCUGAGAGCAUGGCGUUUGCAACGCCAGGGUUGUGGGUUCGAUUCCCAUGGGGGGGCCAGUAUGAAAAAAAAUAUAUAUAUAUAUAUGUAAAAAUUUAUGCACGCACUAACUGUAAGUCGCUCUGGAUAAGAGCGUCUGCUAAAUGACUAAAAUGUAAAUGUAAAUAUCUGAAUACUUUCCGAAUGCACUCUAACUGUUUGUUACACUCAAUAUGUUUUGUAGACUUCACCGGACAGAGGUUGGUCUCUGGUUCUUAUUGUCUCGGCCUUAGACCUAUAUAUCACGGUUGCAAGGCAUAUGAACUAACAGGUUAUAGAGCAAACAACGUAAUCAUCACAACACAUGACUUGGCUUCCCCAGUGAUUUUACCCACACCCACUACUGGUUUAUACUGCUUUGUUUAGCUUGCUUGGCACUAUAUAACCAAUGGAAUAGCCCAGAAAGUGCAAACUCCGCCAACACUCUGCAAGCAAAUCUUUUAUCUAGAUAUUUAAUUUGACAUUCCAAUCUCAAUCUACGCCAGAGCCGCCACCGAGGCUGAAUGCCCACCCGGACCCUCCCCUAAUGAGUCAGGUUGGUGCGGCCGGAGUACGUACCCCUGGGGGGUGGGGGGGGGGGGGGUACUGUCACGCCCUGGCCUUGAGAGCCCAGUUUUCUUUAGUUUGUUUGGUCAGGGUGGGAAUUUCUAUGUGUAUGAUCUAGAUAUUGUGGAUCUACAGUGGGAAAAAAAAGUAUUUAGUCAGCCACCAAUUGUGCAAGUUCUCCCACUUAAAAAGAUGAGAGAGGCCUGUAAUUUUCAUCAUAGGUACACGUCAACUAUGACAGACAAAUUGAGAAUUUUUUUUCCAGAAAAUCACAUUGUAGGAUUUGUAAUGAAUUUAUUUGCAAAUUAUGGUGGAAAAUAAGUAUUUGGUCACCAACAAACAAGCAAGAUUUCUGGCUCUCACAGACCUGUAACUUCUUCUUUAAGGAGGCUCCUCUGUCCUCCACUCAUUACCUGUAUUAAUGGCACCUGUUUGAACUUGUUAUCAGUAUAAAAGACACCUGUCCACAACCUCUAACAGUCACACUCCAAACUCCACUAUGGCCAAGACCAAAGAGCUGUCAAAGGACACCAGAAACAAAAUUGUAGACCUGCACCAGGCUGGGAAGACUGAAUCUGCAAUAGGUAAGCAGCUUGGUUUGAAGAAAUCAACUGUGGGAGCAAUUAUUAGGAAAUGGAAGACAUACAAGACCACUGAUAAUCUCCCUCGAUCUGGGGCUCCACGCAAGAUCUCACCCUGUGGGGUCAAAAUGAUCACAAGAAUGGUGAGCAAAAAUCCCAGAACCACACGGGGGGACCUAGUGAAUGACCUGCAGAGAGCUGGGACCAAAGUAACAAAGCCUACCAUCAGUAACACACUACGCCGCCAGGGACUCAAAUCCUGCAGUGCCAGACGUGUCCCCCUGCUUAAGCCAGUACAUGUCCAGGCCCGUCUGAAGUUUGCUAGAGUGCAUUUGGAUGAUCCAGAAGAGGAUUGGGAGAAUGUCAUAUGGUCAGAUGAAACCAAAAUAGAACUUUUUGGUAAAAACUCAACUCGUCGUGUUUGGAGGACAAAGAAUGCUGAGUUGCAUCCAAAGAACACCAUACCUACUGUGAAGCAUACCUACAGCGACAGCCCCAAAACAUCACUGCUCUAGAGGAGAUCUGCAUGGAGGAAUGGGCCAAAAUACCAGCAACAGUGUGUGAAAACCUUGUGAAGAGUUACAGAAAACGUUUGACCUGUGUCAUUGCCAACAAAGGGUAUAUAACAAAGUAUUGAGAAACUUUUGUUAUUGACCAAAUACUUUUUUUCCACCAUAAUUUGCAAAUAAAUUCAUAAAAAAUCCUACAAUGUGAUUUUCAGGAUUUUUUUUUCUCAUUUUGUCUGUCAUAGUUGACGUGUACCUAUGAUGAAAAUGACAGGCCUCUCUCAUCUUUUUAAGUGGGAGAACUUGCACAAUUGGUGGCUGACUAAAUACUUUUUUCCCCCACUGUAUGUUGGCCGGGUGUGGUUCCCAAUCAGAGGCAGCUGUCGAUCGUUGUCUCUGAUUGGGGAUCAUACUUAGGCAGCCAUGUUGCCUACCUAUGUUGUGGGAUCUUGUUUCUGUGUGUUUGGCUUGUUUGAUGUUAGCCUUUAGAACUUCACGUUACGUUGUUUUGUUUGGUGUUUAUUUAAUAAAUGAACAUGUACGCAUACCACGCUGCACCUGGGUCCAAUCCUGUAUUCAACGAACGUGACACCCGGGUUCCGGGGAGGGUUGCCACUCUUGAACGCUGGAGUUUCUAAAUCUUGCUGAUGCUAGGUUAGUCUUCAGCCCUGCCACUGCAUUAAAUCAGGGCAUAGUUCCGACUGCCUUAAUGAUAUGAUUCUGAGUUUUUUACCUCUGACCUAGAUGGCAUCAAAUGGAACGGAUUCUGUCCUCUCAACCGUAACUAUGUAUUUAUCUGUGAGCAGUUAGCCCCCGACAGUGCGAGCCCGUUUGAUUGUCACCUCUGAGCCAACUGUCCAUAACCUUCAAGUCCAUCGGCCCCCUCUGUUCCUUUGAUUGCGUGCCUCUGUAACUCCCGCUGUGCUCAGUGGGCUCAGUGCCCUCUGAAAGUGCAAUUCACUGUAUUGGUAAUUUAGCACAAAUCUAAAUGGGGGAGCUAUGAUGUGAAGUUUAGUGGUUCAUUCAAUGUGAAAUCCUGAACUCGUUUUAUUUUUGGCUCCAUGGAAAGUUCAGGCUUAAUAAUUCACCUUCUCUCCUCUUUUUCUCUGUCGUUCUAUCUCAUAAAGUGUCUGGCGGCCGUAGUCGUCUGCACUUGCUGGAUCUGGGCAGCUGUGAGACGGACAUAAGUCGGACCCGAGAAGGAGGUGGAGGUCAGUGUCUGUCACUUUCUGCUCUGGGAAACAUCAUCCUCGCCCUGGCCAAUGGGGCCAAGCACGUUCCCUACAGGUAUGUCCGAAAGGAGGGACAAACACUAGUGAAUGAUGAGGUUCUUUCACAAUGUAUGUGUAUUAUGUCCUCUUUGUGUCUAUAUUUUGAGUUUGUGUUUUGUCUGGUUCUGUGUGUUUGUUUAUGUUGUAAGUUAGUUUUGUCUGGCUCUGUGUUGUGGCCUUUUUAUCUCUCUCUUUUAUUCUUCCCACCUCAGGGGUAACAAUCAAUGAAGCCCUAUUAGCCUAUUUGGAUGAGAGAAGUUGAGGGAAGAAGCGAAGCACCAACGUGAGAAGUUAUUGAUAGUGUAAUGGUUCACGGAAAGGCUGUAUUCCAGCUUCAAUGAGGGUAGGGGGGUGGGGGGUUGGAUUGUAAUAUAGAAGAUUGGGGGCUCUAUUUUAACAAACCUAACGCAAUUAUAAAUCUAAGCGGUAGCGCUAUAGGUUCGGGGGUGUGUCAGAUAUAUUUUUGCUAUUUUCACCACCACAAUUAUAGGCGCAGUUGCUGGCAGUGGCACGAAAGGGCUGGGUUUUGAUGAAUAAACCAGUUGUGGGUGUGUCAAGGCUUGGCCCCUCACUGGCUAAUCAGAACAUGAUCCAUGGCUAAAUAUGUGGUUUCUUCAAGUUGUGUAUUUACGAUCUUUUAUGUAUUGCGUGGUCAUCAACUCCAAUUCCAGUGUUAGUCCGUUAUAGCUUAGUUCGUUAAAUAGCCUGCCCCACAUUUGCAAAAUAUGUUGAACAUGUUUGCAGUCCACAUUGUUCUAAUUGCAUUGCUUCAGUUUGGAAAUACAUUGUUAAACAUAGGCUAUAGAAUGUGCACUGAUAUAGGGGCUAGGACUACUGUAAAUUGUAAUCUGGGCAUGGACAUGCCAAAUGUAAUCAAUAAGCAAGAUUAAAUUCACAAUGUAUAGCCUAAUUCUAAUACAAUUGUUUUAAAUAGGCGGUCUAAAUACAGUUACAGGCACCAUAAUUACUCCCCGUGGAUGUAAAAUACAGACAAGGCAACAGACUAUGGAGGGUUUUACGCAUUUCCAAACUUUUCACAGGAGCUAGAUAAAGAUCCAAUGUAAUGUAAAGAGAAAGGGGGGAUGUCCACUCACCAUUAUACAGCUCGCAAAUGUUAUGUUUUAUAAACAUCAUGGAACCAUCUUACAGAUCAUAUUUGUACUUCUCAAGAAAUAGCAGACGAAAUUGCAUUGCCUUCGAGCCAUCUAGCCUACGUUAUAACCAUAAACGCAUUGAUGGUGAAUAUUACUAAGUUUGGUUUUUGAUUGAUUUUAAUUUAAUUUGAUUAAUCUGCUUUUUAAACUAACAACAAUAUUUUAAAAUAGGAUGGGGUCAGAAGCAUGAUAUCAUAAAUCACUUCUCUCGUUCCAUGGCACUGUGUGCAUACAGGUCUAAAUGUCUUUACGCAUAACAUUUGCACAUCUAUACAAACUACUAGGCUCCUGUCAAUUGCAUCGUUGCCUAUGUGCGAGGCAGAUUCUCAAAAAAAUCCACCGUUGAUAUGGUAUUAUAGGAGGUUUGAAAAGUUUGGAGGAGCGCGUGUCUUUGGUAAUCGGAUGAGGGGCGCUCUUGGAUGGAUACCCUACUUGAACAAGUGAAAUUAAGUAAUGCAAGUAUGUGAAUUGUGAAUAAUUAAAAAGCAUGAGGGCAACAACCUCAAAGCACUUUCAGUAGACCAUUUAAAACCCCUUUAUUCAUAUGCUAGUUGGCUAAUUGGCAGGAUAAAAAUACGCACCUAUGCAAUGCUGCUAAACAGCCUUGAUUAAGGGGAGGGUAGGCUAUGCUUGGUUCUUAAUUAAACGAAAUGGGGGGGAAAACAAUAGUUCUUUAUGUUUCUAAAUACUAGAUUCACCAGCACAAAAUGCACAUCUCUCUUCCAUGGUCACUGUUCGUCGUAGCUGGAUAGGCUGCGCUUCCGUUUUCAAAAUCCAUGCCAUUAUCAGAUGAGUUACCGUUAAGACCAGCUUUUUGCGAGUCUUAAAACGUCUCAUUAACGCUGCUUGAAAUUGUCACGCUUGCGCAUGUUUUUAAGGACACACCUCAUAUGUCCACCCCUCCCACCUCAGCACAAGUGAGCUGAUGUUAGACAGGUAAAUUGCCGACCCUGGCGUUAGGGAUGGAAAAUGCCAGUGCGCCAGUUUUUACAUGACGAAAUUGCAAACUAAUGUGCGUUUGACACUUACGCCUCCGAAAAUAGAGCCCUGCCUCUGGAUCAGACAAGAUCAGCUUUAUUUAUACACAGUAUAUCAAAUAAAAUAGCAUUUUAUGCAGUAGGGUGAGCUUAAUAUUUGUUAUAUUUCAAACAAACUUUCAAGGACCUUUCACACAUCGACCUACUUACAGGUAAUUGAAAGUGGUAGUUGAAGGUGAGGUUCCAUUAAUUGGAUAUCUCGUUCCCGCUGCCUUUUGACUGUCUAUGGCUUUUCCUUUGGUACUGUAAGGAAUGGUUGCUCUGAACCUGGGGUGGGGGUUAUGGCUAAGAUCUGGUGCUGGUUCUUUUUUGAGGGGCUAACGAUUUUAUUUUUGACGUAUUAUUCAGGGAUAGUAAGCUCACCAUGUUGCUGAGAGAAUCUCUGGGCAACAUCAACUGCCGAACCACCAUGAUAGCACACAUCUCUGACUCACCAACCAAUUACAUGGAGACGCUAACCACCGUGCAGCUGGCCUCGCGUAUCCACCACAUGAGGAAGAAGAAAUCCAAGGUACAGUAGUUACAUUUCACAAGCUAUUUCAAGGCUUUUAUAUGAAUUUACGUAUGUGAGAGUGAGGGCGUUUGAGACAAGAAUGUGAGUAUUGGAUCUUGCUUACGUUAAGAUAUGGAUGAGUAAGUUCAUACAGUAUUACAUUCUUUGCAUGGUCUUCAUAGAUUCAGACUUUGUUCCUCAAGCGUCCUUUGAUAUCGCUCAAUUAGAGUGUUUUAAUUGUUUGAAUGAUUUCCCAGGGGUAAUAAUGGCUCUGCCAUGGAAAUAAUUAAAUCUAUAAAGUGAAUCUGUAUUUCUUCAGAAGGAGGGACUGUUACAGCAAUAAUUUAGAGAGUUUUUCUCAGUGCCUUAUGCCAUGUAAUCAAUACCUCUGCUCCUAAGGGAGAAUCCAAUGUAUGCCCUGAGAUUUGGAAAGCAUACUUUCAAUUUAAUUAGGCAGAUUGACAACAUGUAUUUAUAUUUUAUAGAUCAGAACAUGACAUUGACAUAGAUUUUUAUGUAGCCUUCGGUUUGCACUUAUAACCUUUUCAUGGUAUUGAUGUGUGGUUUAGUCUAGAAAUUAAUCACAGUUCGUAAUUCAGCUAUUGAAUCCCAACCUAAUUUCAAUGCGUGUUCUCUCUCCUGCUUACAGUAUACAUUCAGCUCCUCUGGUGGCGAGAGUUCCUGCGAGGAAGGACGAAUCAACAAGCCACACUUGAGGCCCGGAGAACCAAGAACCAUGGCCCUUGACCCGGAUACGCCCACAUUGCUGUCCAGUGACCCGGACUACUCAUCCAGCAGUGAGCACUCCUGCGACACGGUCAUUUACGUCGGGCCUGGUGGGGCCGCUAUUUUUGACAGAGAGCUCAGUGACAACGAAGGCCCACCUUCCUUUGUUCCCAUUAUUCCCUCACUAAACAGGAAGUGCUGCAAAGACACCCAACAGCCAGAGGUGGAAUACUUCAAGUGCAACACAUUUGCGGAGCUCCAAGAGAGACUGGAGUACAUUGAUGGCAGCGAGGGCCCAGCUGCCUUCACUGGGGAGGGCAAGGGGGCACUAAUAGCCCCAAGGACUCAAAGUGGGCCUACCAAAAGCCCAGAGGAGGCUGUAUCCCCUAAGACUGAUAAAUCCCCCUCCCCAAAGCCCCUUAUUAGCACAACAACCACCCACACAGCUGCCGGUAAAUCUGAGCAGGGACAUUCCACAUUUUCCUCGGAUGUGGGGGUCCCAGAGAGUCAACAACGGACAAGUGCAGAUGGGGAGAAGGUUCUUGCCUGUGUGGUUAAGCCCAGCACGGUUUUGUCUCAAGAUUCAGAGUCUAUGGUGCAAGAGAAGGUCUACCUCAACAAAGGACCUACUAUACCUAAGCCCUAUGCCUCUCCCUCUUUGCCAAGAUCCUCCGGAACACCCUCUCAGAGCCCGGAUGCCAUCUGCCGGACAUCCCUUGUUGGCAUGAGUCAGCAGGCCGUAAGGCAAGGGCAACCCGGGGGGGCCCCGGUCCUGGAGAGGGCCCAUCAUGGCAGGAGUCCCAUGGGGGUGAGCGAUCUUCGGGCAGCCUUGAGGGGCAGAUGCCUGGAGAGGGAUGUACUGAGGACCACGGUCACCCUGCAUCAGCCUGUUGAGCUGAAUUGGGAAGAUGAGCUGGUGUUUACAGUGGUGGAGCACCUGCCCAUAGGCCUGAUCCCAGAUAAUGGGCGGCCCUCCAGCAUCAGCAGCUUCAACAAUGACUGCUCCCUUCAGGCCCUGGCCUCAGGCUCCAGUCCUGUCAGCAUCAUUAGCAGCAUCAAUGAUGAGUUUGAUGCUUACAUGGCACAAGAGGGUGUAUCUGGGGUGUGCUCUGAGGUGACCACAGCCUCACAGGAGGAGCUAUUUGCCCAUCAUGGUAGCAGACAGUCUUCCAUCGGCUCCUGGCAGAGAGAAGUGAGCGUGUGCUCACUGGACAGCGAAGGCACCCAUUCGUCAGGUAGAUUAUUACAGAGAGAUAAGUGCAUGACCCCGGAGAACACCUCUAUACUGUCCUCCCCUGUUAUAUUCCAGAGGAAGCCGUUCUUGCAGCAUGGUGGCAUGUGCUCCCUAAAUGAGUUGGACAGUGACCCCGCCACCCCAAGCAAGCUCUGCCUAACUAAGUGCCCACCUUCUCCUGACUCUACCAAAGCAUCUCUCAGAGGCUCUAAAGAGAAAGCCAACACACUGAACAACUCAGCAUCUUCUCAGAUCCCACACCAUGCUGUUCACUCCAGUCUUCCCAGGAAAACCAAGCCUACCUCAUUAGUUGCUCCAAGCUGCAGCAGGCAGGAAGGCAAGCAAGACGACCUCUGUUUGCGAGGAGGCAGCCAUUCAGAUCCUAGAGCACCUGAAUCCACUGUGACGAGUAAGCCACCAAGAAUAGGCAUGAGUGGCAUCUCUUCCAGGAAGCUGGGAGGAAACGGCAACAGUGUACCUCGACCACCAAAGGAACAGGUAUCCUCCUCGACUCAGAGGGUGGUUGACGGUUGUGAGAAGUCCAGCAGCAAGAAAGGAGAGACCAUGAGCAGGAUGCCACAUCUCAGGCGAGGUGCCACCACUCUUGGCACAGUCUUAGUCCCUCACAGUCCCUCUGAAUCAAAAUGGGGCCGCGAUGGCACUUCAGAAACUAAUAGUCUGAGAUUCUCCUCUUUGGGAAAGAGGGCAAAUGGACAGAAAAGCAGCAUGCUUCCAAAGUCUUGCUCCGGCAGCAUCUCUCCUCCUGCUCCACCUGUUCGCAAAUCAAGCCUCGAUCAAAAGACAAGGAUAGUCUUAUCUCCUAGUGCCUUAAGGGCAGCCAGCGAUGCUGCAAGGUCCUCAUUACCUAAAACAUCAGUCUCUGAGGAGGAGUUUGAUGUUCUAUUGAGAAGGGAUUUGUUUAGCUACAAAACAUCCAGCUUGAAGGCUGACCAUGGCUCAGCCAAGACCGUGUCAAGCCUGAGGACACGAGGAGCCAAAGGCGAUUCUGGAAGGUACUAUGGUAGCCUGAUGUCCUUGGAGAGAUGUGACAUUAUAACCUCAGUGGGGUCCAAUCCUGGUCUGUCGAGAGAGAAUAGUGGGUGUAGCUUAGGAGGCAAUGGAAAAUCCAAUAGAUCAGUGCCAAGACUUGGGGUCCCCACCUCCACACCCACUGCUACCUCUCCACCUUCCUCUAUCACCUUUGCAAUGACAAGCAAGUUGGGACAGCUCAAAGCUAAUGUCAGCCCCAGGAACAUUGUUUCCAGUGGAUCAAAGGCUCGAAUUUUGGCUGCCAGCAGUUCUAAGACCAUUAGCUCCUCCACCAAAUCCCUCGAUGCUCCAACAGUACACAAUGCCAGCCUACCUCCAACUGGGAAAUCCGUAGCUCGGUCUGUGGCAGGGGCCAAUGGCAAUGGCAAGCCUGGCAGGGGCAUUAUCAUGGGCACCAAGCAGGCCAUCCGGGCUGCCAACAGCCGAGUUUGUGAGCUUGUGGCGGGAAGCCCAAGGAAACACCUAAGCAGGGGUUCAGAGGCUGUUGGGAACAACGAUAGCGGGGAAAGCAUCAGCGGGUCCCCUGCCAGCACGCCGCUACCCUCGCCCUAUAGCAAGAUCACAGCCCCGCGGAGGCCCCAGCGUUACAGCAGUGGGCACGGCAGUGACAACAGCAGUGUGCUCAGCGGGGAGCUGCCACCCGCAAUGGGGCGCACUGCGCUCUUCUACCACAGUGGGGGCAGCAGCGGGUAUGAGAGCAUGAUCCGGGACAGCGAGACCACAGGCAGCGCCUCGUCAGCCCACGACUCCAUGAGCGAGAGCGAGGUGUCCACCUCCAAUAGGAGUAGAGUGUCUAAAUCACCCAAGAAGAGAGGCAAUGGUGAGUAUUAGUUACCCUGAGAAAGUUCUGGAACAAUAUCCAUACAGCUAUACCACAUCAAACACAAAUCAUGAUCCCAUGAACGUACUUGUGAAAUACUGAAAUAAAAAUUAUUAUCCAAUUCAACAAUAGGAGCUAUACAUAUUCAAAUACUUAUAAUUUGGACUAUUUGUUUUUAUUUGAUAUGUGAUCAAAUAAAUUAUACAGUGCAUACAAUAUUUUCUCUAGCUUUCUCACUCUAGUAGAUUAUUUCUGUUCUAUUGAAAAGUGUGGCUGGGUGACAUCCCUGCUGCUCAAAACAACAUUCCAUGCACACUAAACGAGUAAAACUGCAAGUCUUCAUACACUGUAUUUUCAUGUAUGAAUUUGCCUUGCACAUGGAUAUCUCAGAUACUCUACAUACCUAUUUUUCAUAGACCUAUGAAUAUAUUUAAAUGUACAGUAUGUCCUCCACCUAGCAUGAUCAUAAAUCUCUAUUCAAGUGUAGUAUCUGAAGUGACAGUGUGUCCCGCUGCAGUAUACACUCAUAAAAUUAAUUCAGAUUCAUGUACCUAUCCUCCGUAAUUCAUAACAGCAACAGAUAGGAUCUAGUGCCUAAUGCAUACGUAAUCAGUGCUAGCCGACGGUUAUGUGAUCCCGGCUGGCUCGAUGGAAGUCUGCUAUCAGCCUGUGUAUCUUGGCACGUUUUUGCCUCAUGCAUAUUUCAAGGCAGUGCCUCACAUGCUAGGAUAUUCCUGGUGUGCAUAUCCAACUCCAAUUAACAGCCGUACCCCCAAUGACUCACUCCCUUCACCCCCUUGUUCCAGGGCUCCUGCGGCGCCGUCUCAUCCCUGCUCCCCUGCCGGACACCACCUCCUUAGGCAGGAAUGCUGGCAUCCCGGGACAAUGGGUGGACCUGCCCCCCUUGGGUGGGACCUUGAAGGAGCCCUUCGAGAUCAAGGUGUAUGAGAUCGACGACGUGGAGCGGCUGCCGAGGAGACAAGAGGGUGCCACGGGGACAGAGGUUAGAGAUGCGCCAUCUGCUCGCUUCUUGGAAUGUGAAAAUGGUGUGUGUGAGUGCGUGUGUACGCAUGUACAGUGCCUUCAGAAAGUAUUCACACAUUGACUUUAUCCACAUUUUGUUUUGUUACAGCCUGAAUUUAAAAUGGAUUAAAUUUAGAUGUGUCACUGGCCUACACACACACACAAUACCCAUAAUGUAAAAGUGGAAUAAUGUUUUUAGAAAUGUUUACAAAUUUAUAAAAAAUUAAGAGUCUUAAGUAUUCAACCCCUUGUUAUGGCAAGCCUAAAUAAGUUCAAGAGUAAAAAUGUGCAUAGACUUACUCUGUGUCCAAUAAUAGUGUUUAACAUGAUUUUUGAAUGACUACCUCAUCUCUACCCCACACAUCAAAUUAUCUGUAAGGUCCUUCAGUCGAGCAGUGAAUUUCAAACACAGAUUCAACCACAAAGGCCAGGGAGGUUUUCCAGUGCCUUGCAAAGAAGGGCACCAAUUGGUAGAUGGUUAAAACAUUUAAAAGCAUGGUGAAGUUAUUCAUUACACUUUGGAUGUAUCAAUACACCCAGUCACUAGAAAGAUACAGGUGUCCUUCCUAACUCAUUUGCCAAAGAGGAAGGAACCUGCUCAGGGAUUUCACCAUGAGGCCAAUGGUGACUUUCAAACAUUUAUAGAGUUUAAUAGCUGUGAUAGGAGAAACAUGAGGCUGGAUCAACAACAUUGUAGUUAGCCCACAAUACUAACCUAAUUGACAGAGUGAAAAGAAGGAAACCUCUACAGAAUACAAAAAUUCCAAAACAUGCAUCCUGUUUGCAACAAGGCACUAAAGUAGUACUGUAAAAACAAAUCCUGAAUACGAAGUGUUAUGUUUGGGGCAAAUCCAAUACAACACAUUACUGAGUACCACUCUCAAUAUUUUCAAGCAUAGUGGUGGCUGCAUCAUGUUAUGGGUAUGCUUGUAAUCGUUAAGGACUGGGGAGUUUUUCAUGAUAAAACAUUUACAGAAUGGAGCUAAGCACAGGCAAAAUCCUAGAGGAAAACCUGGUUCAGUCUGCUUUCCACCAGACACUGGGAGAUGAAUUCACCUUUCAGCAGGACAAUAACCUAAAACACAAGGCCAAAUAUACACUGGAGUUGCUUACCAAGACGACAUUGAAUGUUCCUGAGUGGCCUAGUUACAAUUUUGACUUAAAUUGGCUUGAAAAUCUAUGGCAAGACUUAAAUGCCUGUUUGGCAAUGUUCAACAACCCACUUGACAGAGCUUGAAGAAUUUUGAAAAGAAUAAUGGGCAAAUAUUGUACAAUUCAGGUGUGCAAAGCUCUUAUAGACUUACCCAGAAAGACUCAUAGCUGUAAUCGCUACCAAAGGUGAUUCUAACGUAUUGACUUGGGUGUGAAUACUUAUGUAAAAUAGAUAUUUCUGUAUUUUUUCAUAUUCAAUAAAUUUGCAAAAAUGUUGCACUUUGUCAUUAUGGGGUAUUGUGUGUAGACUGUAACAAUAUAAUUCAGACUGUAGCACAUCAAAAUGUGGAAUAAGUCAAGAGGUAUGAAUACUUUUUGAAGGCACUGUAUGCAUGACUGUGUGCCUGUACAUACAAAUUAGCCAGACCGUAAGCUCCGGAAUAUUUUGAUUUAUUUAUGUGGGAAUGUUUUAUUUGUUUGAUUUCCUCUACUUUUUGCAUGUUGUGUAUAUUUGGUCAGGUGCCACACCUGUUCACCUUUUGACCUCACCAAGGAUAAAACUUCAAAGAAAUCCCCUCCAGACAUUUUCUCCUUUACGCAGUAAAUAACAUUGAGACUGUCAUUACAUUUACAUUUUAGUCAUUUAGCAGACGCUCUUAUCCAGAGCGACUUACAGUUAGUGAGUGCAUACAUUUUCAUACUGGCCCCCCUGUGGGAAACGAACCCACAACCCUGGCGUUGCAAGGGCCGUGCUCUACCAACUGAGCUACACGGGACUCAGUUGGCUGUAUAACAAUCAUGCUUCCCCUUUUACAGUGGGCUAAUAUUGAGGAGGACAGUCCAGUGCAUCAUCCUCAACUGAACAUGCCCCCAAAUUAUUAAGUGAGGGUGCCUAAACUGUCUCAAACCCUCAAUCUAUCCACCUAAACGGGGUGUGCCUGGGAGGGGGCUGCACUGAGACUCUCAGACUUCCUCACAUUUAGUUUGUCAGUAGCCGAGGUUAUCGCUGGAACAAAUACCGCUGCUGCUUAAUUGGUUAAGAUUUGACUGAUGGUUGGAGCCAGGUAACCAUGGCAGUCAGGGGAAGCCCAACAAAGAAGAGGGGAGACAAGGGUUGGAGGAGCCAGUGAUGAAUGAAGGUUGGGCCUGCUAUCUUGGCCCUCGCCUGAAUGCUCUUUAUGGGCUUCUCCACUCUCCAUGUCAACGGGUCAUUAACCAUUCCCACGAGCCGAGCCCAAUCCCCCAUUGAAUAGUGGAGGGGAUAAAAUACAUUAAUUCUGCUUGAUGGUGCUUUGAUUUAUUUUCAAUUAGGAAAAUAUGAUCUUCAAUUCGUUUUUGAGAGCCUGUCGUCCAGAGCAUCCAAAAGUGAAGUGUUUUGAGUGUGUGUGUGUGUGUGAUUAAUUGCGUUUGCAAGUGCAUCCAUUUAGAUUGUGUAUUAUCUUUGGAUUAGCAAAUGUUGAUGUCUUUUUUUUUCUGUUCUCUCUCGCUCAUCUCCUAGCAGCUAUUCCAGGAUGUGGAAAGGGUAUGUUGAUUCAACUCGAUGGAUGUGCUUGAAUAUUAUAUCACAUGCUAAAUAAAAAAUGCAUGGACCAUGGAAUUAAUGCAUUCUGUUAUGCCUUGUGAAAUAGACAAAUUAAAUUAUAACGCACGCGUCCGAAAACACAUUUUGUACAAAGCCAAUAAUACAAAAGCAAUUCACCUUCCUUGUAGUGAUAAAAACAGUUCCGAACUAGGAAUAAUCUGUAUUGUUAUUCUACCUUUCAAUAACAUAUUACUGGUGGACUGCGUCUACACUUAAUCCAGGAGCCCAACAUUUGUCCUAGAGAUUCAAGCAAAGCGGGAGAUUAGCGUGGAUGCUAAUUUUAUUUCUGCGGUAUAACCUCCCUGUCCCGUGUGUGAGCCUCUUCACAGCGCACACACAACUCUAAAGAUGCCCCUCCGUCUGGUACUCUCUCUCGCUCUGUUUACCUCACUAAAUCCAAGCCUGGGUUUCUCUAAAAGGAGCACACUCAGCUCAUUUCCUCCACUCGUCUUUUCUCUCUGCACUCACUCCAACCAUCCUUACCAUUUGCUCUACCAGGGCCUGCUGUACUUCAACGUCAGGCUGAGGAUGCUAGAGAAGAGGCAGCAGCAGAUCAGGGUGCUGAGGGCCAAGCACGAGAGCCUGAGGGGGGAACUGGAGGAUGCCAAGAGCAGGCUGAUGCUGGACCCCGGGAAGUGGACCGGAGAGUGUGAGUAGCCUACUGUAGAAAUCUGGCAUGCUGUUUUUAAAGUGUGCAGAAAGUGUACCUCCUUGUUUUGUAACUGGGUUGUGUUAGAUUGACUUUUGUGUAACUAUCAGAGCUGCAGUCAGGUAUUAUAUUUUACAUUUUAGUCAUUUAGCAGACGCUCUUAUCCAGAGCGACUUACAGUUAGUGAGUGCAUACAUUUUCAUACUGCCCCCCCCCGUGGGAAACGAACCCACAACCCUGGCGUUGCAAGCGCCAUGCUCUACCAACUGAGCUACAGGGGACUAUGGUUUAAGAUGGGUCUGUUGUUAGCUCAUGUCUUACAAAUUACUUUCCUACAUUUAGCCUCUCUGAGGCUAUUGUAAGUGGACAACAAAGUUUUGUAACUAGCUAGCGAUUCAGCUACAGCAGCACAGCGUUCCCUGGCCUCUGUUAAGUUAGCCACAACAAAAGACCCAUCUUAAACCAUACAGUAAACAAACCUUUCCUACACUGUAGGAACAGUUGAUAUCCUAAGCACCUUUUUACAGUGCCUUGCAAAAGUAUUCAUCCCCCUUGGCGUUUUCCCUAUUUUGUUGCAUUACAACCUGUAAUUUAAAUGGAUUUUUAUUUGGAUUUCAUGUAAUGGACAUACAAAAUAUUCAAAAUUGGUGAAGUGAAAUAAAAACAAUAACUUGUAAAAAAAAAUAAUAAUAACGGAAAAGUGGUGCGUGCAUAUGUAUUCACCCCAUUUGCUAUGAAACCCCUAAAUAAGAUCUGGCGCAACCAAUUACCUUCAGAAGUCACAUAAUGAGUUAAAGUCCACCUGUGUGCAAUCUAAGUGUCACAUGAUCUGUCACAUGAUCUCAGUAUAUAUACACACACCUGUUCUGAAAGGCCCCAGAGUCUGCAACACCACUAAGCAAGGGGCACCACCAAGCAAGCGGCAACAUGAAGACCAAGGAGCUCUCCAAACAGGUCAGGGACAAAGUCAUGGGGAAUUACAGAUCAGGGUUGGGUUAUAAAAAAAUAUCUGAAACUUUGGACAUCCCACGGAGCACCAUUAAAUCCAUUAUUAAAUAAUGGAAAGAAUAUGGCACCACAACAAACCUGCCAAGAGAGGAACGCCCACCAAAACUCACAGACCAGGCAAGGAGGGCAUUAAUCAGACAGGCAAAAAAGAGACCAAAGAUAACCCUGAAGGAGCUGCAAAGCUCCACAGUGGAGAUUGGAGUAUCUGACCAUAGGACCACUUUAAGUCGUACACUCCACAGAGCUGGGCUUUACGGAAGAGGCAUGUCGGAGACUCCCCAAACAUAUGGAAUAAGGUACUCUGGUCAGAUGAGACUAAAAUUGAGCAAUCUGGCCAUCAAGGAAAACGCUAUGUCAGGAGCAAACCCAACACCUCUCAUUACCCCGGGAACACCAUCCCCACAGUGAAGCAUGGUGGUGGCAGCAUCAUGCUGUGGGGAUGUUUUUCAUCGGCAAGCACUGGGAAACUGGUCAGAAUUGAAGGAAUGAUGGAUGGCGCUAAAUGCAGGGAAAUUCUUGAGGGAAACCUGUUUUCAGUCUUCCAGAAAUUUGAGACUGGGAUGGAGGUUCACCUUCCAGCAGGACAAUGACCCUAAGCAUACUGCUAAAGCAACACUUGAGUGGUUUAAGAGGAAACAUUUAAAAUGUCUUGGAAUGGCCUAGUCAAAGCCCAGACCUCAAUCCAAUUGAGAAUCUGUGGUAUGACUUAAAGAUUGCUGUACACCAGCGGUACCCAUCCAACUUGAAGGAGCUGGAGCAGUUUUGCCUUGAAGAAUGGACAAAAAUCCCAGUGGCUAGAUGUGCCAAGCUUAUAGAGACAUACCCCAAGAGACUUGCAGCUGUAAUUGCUGUAAAAGGUGGCUCUACAAAGUAUUGACUUUGGGGGGGGUGAAUAGUUAUGCAAGCUCAAGUUCUGUCUUAUUUCUUGUUUGUUUCACAAUAAAAAAUAUUUUGCAUCUUCAAAGUGGUAGGCAUGUUGUGUAAAUCAAAUAAUACAACCCCCGCCAAAAUACAUUUUAAUUCCAGGUUGUAAGGCACUGUAUAUAUAAUGGAUAGAGCUCAGCUACAAAGGCAUGGAUCUUCUCUGGCGAACCUUUGGGCGACCUGCACAUCAAUUCAACAUCUAUUCCAUUGAAAUGAUGUGAAAAUAACGUUAAGUCAACCAGUGUGUGCCCAGUGGGUCCUUGUUCCGCCAUUGUGUAUUUGGGGUUGGAGACUGGAUCCACUUGCUUGCCUUUUUGUGUGUGAGAAAGAAGUGCCAGAAGUGCCUCCCUAAAAGAUUUUUCAACAUUGACCCAGGCUAAAAUUAGCAGUUACCACUUUAAAAAGUUUGCGAAACUUUAGAAAGGACCCCAAGAGAAUAAAACCCAAUUAAAAAUACAAAGCUAUGGGCCGACGCCGCUUCCUUUGUAAAUUGUAGUGUUUAUGAGCCACACUUUAAUGGCCACACACAUUUGCUUGACACCUGCACAAUACAUUGGUCUAUGUUUCAUGGAGUGGAAUGGUACUGCCAUAGGACAGAGCUCACAUUGCAGUAAGUAUGUCCAUUACAUUUUGUCUAUGUCCAUUACAUGAAAUCCAAAUAAAAUUCUAUUUAAAUUACAGGUUGUAAUGCAACAAAAUAGAAAAAACGCCAAGGGGAUGAAUCGUUUUGCAAGGCACUCUAUUUCUGGAAGCUUCUCAACAAACCAAAUGCCUCCAGGUCUGCAAUCUAAAGAAAACAGUAUUUGGGGAAUAUAAUGAUGAAUAAUGUGUUACGCCCGAGAAGAUUACAAAAGUAAACAGCCAAAGUGAAUCAGGAAUCACAUUUAUGUAACUUUAACGUGCCUGUUUUCUGAAGUUCCAUUUUCAUUUCAGUAGAGGGAAUGAGGAACCACAAAGAAUCACACAAAGGUCGCUGAAUUCAAAAGUAGCCCACCUCAUGAUUACCUUACUAGGGAUAUAGAGGAACAGAAAAAAGCUUUUUCAAAUCCUUGUCUUUGCAAAAACCCUGUGUGUUCUCGCGUUUGCUUGGGGGUGGAAUGUGUACCGGUGUACAUCUUGAAAUCAAUAAGGCAUUAUUUUCCCUCCGCCACAUCUCCCUAUUUCCCUGAGAUGUUUCCCAUUGAUUUAGGGACCACAGGUUGGUCCGAACCCAUGAUGGGAGCAGUCAGGCAAUAUAAAUCAUCCUUUCCUUUGUGAUUAUGAGGGUAGUGUGUUUUGAGCAGCCUUCAUCAGACAUCCAGGUAUAUCCAGCCCUGUCAAAGACAUGUCGUCAUCAUCAAUCUUCAUGUCCCUGUAUGACUUUUAAGGUUGUAAAGGUGUGACAACGGAGGAGCAGUCACAGUGGAGUCACACAGUUUCAGAGAGUGUAGAAGUACUGUAUCACAUAAUCGGGGUCAAUUCAAAUUGCAGGCAGUCACUUUUCAGUUUAUUGAUAAGUCAUUGAAAAUAGAUGUUUACUUCCUGAAUUGACUGACAUCGAAUUGACCCCAAUUCUGAUGUAGAGUGCCUAUUAUUACCCCAUAAUAACAGUGCACUAAGACAUGCUAUAAGAUUUUUACAAGCAGAAAUGGAAAUUCCAUGUAAUGAUGUAUGGUCAUCUAAAUGUCAAGAGUGGCUACAUCUUUUAUCUAUGUUGUUUGACACUGUACAUCUGCUGUACCUUUUCAUGUGCAAUCUUCAUCGCUAAUCUUCCUCCUUUCGCUCUCUUUCUCCCGCUCUCCUUUCCCCCAUAGUUGAGGUGGACCAGGAUCUGGACAUGGAGUCCCAGGAGUACCUGGAGGCUUUGGAGCAGGCCACGGGCGAGCUAGAGUACUGUGUCAACCUAUGCAAGUCACACGUCAUGAUGGAGACCUGCUUCGACAUCGUGGUAUCGGCGACCACCGUCGCGCAAGGGGAGCAACAGAAAGGAGGUGUGGUGGUGUGA